UCAAUUUGCUCCUUGAUGUGUUGUCAGAACUGGAUCGGACAUUUGUGUGUCCAGUGUGCUUAUGACGAAGAGUAAUGCUUUAAGUUGUUCGCCGGCAUUGAAUGAAACGUAGACGGCGAAGUUUGUUCAGAAGGAUGAUGAAUUAGCCAGAUCGAUUGUUGUUCAGUACGCGCUAAUAGCAGCCAACUCGUCAUUUGGGAUAGUUUUUCUUUAGGCAACAUCGUAUGCGGAAAGUUGACCGCUGUUGAUGAAUUGAAUAAUGGCAACUACAUCGGCAGCUUUAAAUGUAAAAAUAUACCAACCUCUAUACGUCGCCGCUUUCAUCCGUCAAAUGUGAAGUUUGAGAUAAAUCGUGACGCCCAGCGCAAGUUUGAAAUGGGACAGAAUGCACUGUUGAUUCGUGUUGAUUUGCGUGGGAACUUCUGUGUUAUUAUCUCAAGCGCUGUGUUGGUUAAAGUUACCUUCCAUGGAAUUUAACUGCCUCAGCAAAGACUGGAAAUGCUCCCCUGCCUGUUAGGCUUGUGACUGCCUCCAUCUACAUCUGAUUCUUAGAUUUCUAAUUUGCAUCAUCAAAAAGAGAACGUGUACUAUAACAUCGCAUCGUUUGUUUGCCAAACAGCAGACAUUUGCUGGUGUUGUUCUUCUGCCGUAAAACCAUCCAUCCUAAAAAUUUUGUGGACACUGAACACAAAUACUGUGCUGUUGCUGUGGUGCCAAUCCAGAGGGAACCGUGACUAACAGGUGUCUGUUCAGAAGAACUCAGAGGUUGACAUCAGAGGGAACAUGUGUUAGAAGUUGAACAGUCAACAGUCAGAUUUGUCAGUGUUGACUUAAGAAGAUGAGCAAUGAGGAUGAGUUCUAUGACGCCGUUACAGGCCUGGAUUCAGAUGAGUCAUAUGAAGGGGUGUCAGAGUCCAGUUACAAAGAUGCUCUGGUGUUUGAUAGCACCAGGAACAAUGGAUCGAAGCCACAGGAGAACGGUGUCAAGAAACACAGGACAUCAUUACCUGCACCCAUGUUUUCCAGAAACACUGUUAGUGUCUGGAGUAUCCUUAAGAAAUGCAUUGGAAUGGAACUCUCCAAGAUCACAAUGCCUGUCAUCUUCAACGAGCCCCUCAGCUUCCUGCAGAGAAUCACAGAAUACAUGGAACACACUUACCUCAUCAACAGAGCCUCCUCGCUGUCUGAAUCCAUAGAACGCAUGCAGGCCGUGGCUGCGUUUGCUGUGUCAGCAGUUGCGUCUCAGUGGGAACGAACUGGAAAACCCUUCAACCCUCUUCUUGGGGAGACUUAUGAACUCACCAGAGAGGAGCAGGGCUUCCGGCUGAUAGCAGAGCAGGUAUCCCAUCAUCCCCCAGUGAGUGCCUUCCACGCUGAAAGCCUGGCAGGAGACUUUGUCUUCCAUGGCUCCAUAUACCCCAAACUAAAAUUUUGGGGGAAGAGUGUUGAGGCAGAGCCCAAAGGGACCAUCACUCUCGAGCUACCUAAGCACAAUGAGGUAUACACAUGGAGUAACCCUCACUGCUGUGUGCACAACAUCAUCCUGGGGAAGCUAUGGAUAGAGCAGUAUGGCACAGUGGAAAUAGUCAACCACAGCACUGGAGACAAGUGUGUGUUGAAUUUUAAGCCUUGUGGGAUGUUUGGCAAAGAGCUGCACAGGGUGGAGGGAUACGUCCAGGAUAAGAGUAAAAAGAAGCUUUGUGUCAUCUAUGGGAAGUGGACGGAGUGCAUGUGGAGUAUUGACCCUCAGUCCUACGAGGCCUUCAAAAAAGCGGAAAAGAAAGGAGACAACAAGAAGCACAAACAUGAGGAGCCAGUGGGAUCGGAGAAUGAUGAUGCCGAUGACAUGCCAGAGGUCCAAGAGACAGUGGCGGUCAUACCAGGAAGUACACUGCUCUGGAGGAUAGAUCCUAGACCUGCUCACUCUGCUCAGAUGUACAACUUCACCAACUUUGCGAUGUCUCUCAAUGAGCUGGAGCCAGGCAUGGAGGCCAUGUUGGCCCCGACGGACUGUCGCUUCAGACCUGACAUCAGAGCCAUGGAGAACGGCAAAAUGGAAGAAGCCAGUCAGGACAAGGAGAGGCUGGAAGAGAAACAGCGAGCUGCCAGAAAGUUGAGAGCCAAGCAUGAGGAGGAGUGGUCUACAAGGUGGUUCCAAAUGGGCACCAACCCGUGCACCGGCUCCCAAGACUGGAACUACUCGGGUGGCUACUUCAGUAGGAACUACCAAGACCUGCCUGAUAUCUACUGAUAAGGCCACUAUAGCCUUCAUCCUGGUCCCCUUCCACCUCUUCCACACGCCUUAUCAUAACUUGGAGGGACACACUUAAAAACUCAACCCUUCACCAUUGCACACAUCCAUUGCAGAUAGGAAAGACUUACACAGACUGUUUAACAGUUUCCUGCUUCAUCUUAACUCGCUCUCUUCUUCCCCAUCAAGGAUUUUACAUCAACUUUAGUUGUAUGACCUGCACAUUUUUUUUUCAUCGCUCAUCGUUUCUUCCAUAUGUCACAAUUUUAACGGCCCAUGACGGAAUGUAUGUGAUGUUAGACAUUAAUGCAACACUCUAUAAAAUGGGCUUAAGCAACAGAAUGAUGAAUAUAAAGUGUUGGUCAAAUAUUUCCUGCCUACCAUACCAUCAAGAAAAGACACCUGAUCGAAUGUUUAAAAUGCUGCAGAUUUGCAAAAUACUGUAUGAUUCCAUUCCAGUGUCAAAAAAUUGUGAAUACUAUGUUGAUAUGUCGAGAGACUUAAGAUUGUCAUUGUAACAUGACUAAGAGAAAACCCUCAAUCAAGUGAGGGUAAUGUAACAAGCUGUUAUUAUUCUCUACAUUUAGAUGUUUUGCAGCAGACCACCAACACAUUGAGUUUUAAUGUUGCAUUCCCCUUGAAUGUUGUGAACAUUAAAAAAAAAAAAAAAAAAAAAAAAAAAAAAAAAAAUUGGCUCUAAAACUGACUGUGGUUGUAAUAAUGCAGAAAUUCCAAGCAUUGGCUAAAGCAAGAACACAUUUUGAUUGCAAUUAUAUUUUGGUUGACUAUUGCAAAUUGUGAAAUGCAAAUGUAUGAAUUCUGUUGGUGGCGAAACUCCUUUUUUAUUCGUUAUUCGUAGCCCCAUUAUUUUGUUCAUUUUUUUAAAGCACUUAACCAGGCAGCACGGUGCCCGACUGAUAAGAGCGUCUGCCUCACAGUUCUGAGGACCCGGGUUCAAUCCCGGGCCCCCGGCUUUGUGGAGUUUGCAUGUUCGACCCGUGCCUGCGUGGGUUUUCUCCGGGCACUUCGGUUUCCUCCCACAUCCCAAAAAUAUGCAUGGUAGGUGAAUUGAAGACUCUAAAAUUGCCCCUAGGUGCGAAUGGUUUGUUUGUUUGUAUGUGCCCUGCGAUUGGCUGGCAACCAGUUCAGGGUGUACCCCGCCUCCUGCCCGAAGAUAGCUGGGAUAGCCUCCAGCACUCCCGCGACCCGUGUGUGGAUAAGCGGCUCAGAAAAUGGAUGGAUGGAUGGCACUUAACCACAUACACCCUUUCGACUUUACAUAUUCUUACAUGUUCUAGCUAUGGCUGUUACAUUUUCUUUGUGAAGCCUAAACUACAGUAUGUGACAGACAAAACACUAAUGUCAGGUGCAGUGUUGAGAUGCUUGCACAAAGAUUGAAUGAAAAAAAAAAAAACACACACAAACGGUACAAUUUUCUCACUCCAUAACACACAUUCCAACAAAUGGGCCGCCAAGGGCAAAUCAGUUUUGUUAGUUUCUAUUUCUCCAAACAUGUCCUCUGUUGAAUUUUAGCCUCCUCUUCUUGGACUAUCUUUGUGGUCAUUGUUUGUGUACAAGUGUUACACAGAUAAUCACAUGCAAAAUUUUGUGCAAUUGAUUUAUUUUUAUAGUAUUUAAAGCAUUUUUUGGUGAGGAACAUACCACCAGAUGUUUUAUUUGUAGGUUGGAGACUGUAUAGGCAUACUGUGGACAGCUCGAUAGCUUCAUGGACAGGGGAAUGUCUACUAAUAAAAUCCUUAACUUCAA